AUGAGUGUGUGCGGCUGCAGCGCCUCGUACCUGUGCAGGUGGAGGUGGUCGCUGACGGCUCUGCUGGUCCUGGUCGCGGUGCUGCAGACCACCGGGUCCUGUCCCGGGUCCUGCGCCUGCUACGUCCCCUCAGAGGUGCACUGCACCUUCAGGUACCUGAGCGCGGUACCGGACCACAUCCAGCCAGCUGUGGAGAGAAUCAACCUGGGGUACAACAGCAUUACUGUCUUGAGGGAAAAUGAUCUUUCAGGACUUGAGAAUUUAGAGUUGUUGAUGUUGCAUAGCAACACUAUCCACAGUAUUGAUGACAGAGCCUUCCAAGACCUCAAGUCCCUCCAGGUCCUGAAGAUGUCCUUUAACAAAGUAAAGGAAAUCAAGAAAGAGACGCUUAAAGGCCUGGAAAGUCUGCUGAGACUCCACAUGGACCACAACAGCAUUGAGUUCAUCAGCCCAGAGGCUUUCUACGGCCUGACCAAACUACAGCUGGUCCAUCUGGAGGGAAACCAGCUUCAGCAGCUCCACCCAGACACCUUCAUCACACUGAGGCACAGCCAGGUGUUCAAGGUGUCCUCAGUCAGAAACAUCCACCUGUCAGACAACCUGCUCACCACUCUGCCUGGAGAUAUCUUCUCAGGCUGCAGCCAGUUAGAGAACCUCUUCCUCCAUGGCAACCCAUGGACCUGUGACUGUCGUAUGAAGUGGUUCUCAGUGUGGGCCCAGAGGAACACCGGUGUACUAAAAUGCAAGCGAGACAGGAGAUAUCCCAGAGGCCAGCUGUGUCCUGUUUGUGAAAAUCCUGCCCCUUACCACAACAGACCUCUAUCCCAUCUCCCUGGUGAUGCCUUCACGUGUACAAAACCCUGGAUACAACCCCAUCUAAAGCAGAAAAACAUCAGCCUGGAUGAGGGGGACUUCACUCCAGUUUCCCCCAAGGACUUCAUCGCCCCAUUAGGCUCCAUACAAAUGAACCUGACGGACCAAUUUCACAAUGAUGCCAGUCUGUCCUGCACCGUCCAGAGACCCUCUGCUUUGGAGAACCUAACACAAACCUUCGAGGUGGAGCAGGGAAACAAUGUCACUGUGCUUUCUGCUGGCAUAACUACAUAUUUGGUGUGUAACAUGGACUAUGAACACAUACAGCAGCUGUGGCAGAUCCUAGCCACCUACAGUGACUUUCCCAUGACUCUGGAGAGAGGCUUUAUGCUGGCCAGAAGCCCAGAAAUGGUGUACAGGUACAGUCAGAUAAAAACAAAGGAGGGAGAGGAAGGAAUCCACACAAACAUUGUGGCGGACAUUAAAACUUCCCCAGCAUGGUUGAUGCAGGGCGAGGUCAGCUUCCAGCUUGAUCGCACUACGACUACUUUCUCUACUCUACACAUUAAGUACCAGACGGUGGUGAACCUUCGCGUGGAAAACACAUCACCUAAGAGGGACCGCUAUGCCUGGACCAUGAUCAAGAGGGACAAUCAGACCAAGACUGAGCACGCUGUAGUUACAGGUGGUGUGGCACAGUUGAACUGUCUAAUCCAGGGUGAGCCAAAGCCAUUAUUGGAGUGGAUUUUACCAGACGGGAGUAAGGUCAGAGCUCCUUACUCCAGUGAGGACAGGAGGAUCAUCAUUUCUGCUGAAGGAAAGCUCACCCUGCUGGGUGCAGAUGCUUCAGACACUGGCCUCUACCGCUGCAUCGCCACUAACUACCUGGAUGCAGACAUCCUUGUCUUUCGAGUGACAGUCCUGUCCCCCGAUGUGGAAGAAGCUGAGGUCAACGGUAUCCAACUCUCAAGGCCGCUGGGUGAACGUCUAGUAUUUGACUGUAGCUCCUCAGGGAGUCCCGAGGCCUCGGCACAGUGGGUCCUCCCUGACCACUCGGUGCUGGAUCAGCCUCAUGGGAACAGGAAAGUGUAUCAGAAUGGAACCUUGCUGAUUCAGGGUCUCACAGCGAGGGACAGAGGAUUUUACAGGUGUUUGGUUUCUAAUCACCUUGGAGUUGAUCUGCUGGUGUCUCAGGUGACAGUGACUGGAGAAACAUCUGAAAGGGUGGUAGUUUUGGACAGUGAUGGCUCUGGGGUGGAAAUGGAAGACAAGGUUGACCCAAGCUUCACUGAAAACACAGUCACCAUUAAUGAGAUCCCCUCUUCCAGUCCUUCUGACAGAACUAGUCAGGAAUCCAGGACCAUCACCUCAGAUCGACCGUACCCCAGACUCAGGAGUAGAGGAGGUUCUGGAGGCAGACUGGGACAGAGAAGAAGAGGGUCCGUCAGCAGCAGACGCACCUGGAGUAGCAGGGUGUUUGAUAAAGCUUCCAGGAAAGUGGACCCACAUACAUUUGCAAAAUUAAUGAAAAAAGCUCAAGACGGAUCACGAAUAAAGACUGGAACAGAGAAAGAAGGGUUAAAAUAUGAAGACUCAAACAUCGGUCUUUCUGGUGAUGAUGAAAUUGGAUCUGGUGAGGACCACAGUGAAGAUCAUCUCAUCAUUGUGCCAAGUAUAGUCAGACCAACUACAGAUAAUCCCCAGAGAGGAAGAAUAUUUGGACAAGAGAACGAGCAGCCUGAAACUAUAACGCCCACUCACACUGAUCAGGGUGGUAAUGUACACGAGCCAACAACAGAGUCAUAUAUGCAGUCAGAUUCUACAACAGAAAUGUGGGAAAGCCAAAGUGAUGCAGUCACACCGUAUAACACAAUCUCUAGUUUUGAUGAGGCCACUGAUUUUUAUGCUGUGGAAGGCUCAAACAGGCACCCAAUCACUCUCCAACUCACUGUGACAGACACGUCACGAGAAACUCAAUUGCAGUUCUCAGGAGAACAACCUGCAGAGCCAGAGACUUCCACUGGGGCAGUACUCUCAUUUACCACAGACCCUCAUGUCACUCCAAUGAGGGAUGGCCCAGGCCCAGUGGAGCUAGUCCUUCACACAUCUACAGACCCAGAGAGCCGGACGACAUUCACAGCCGUCACCACCACAGAGAGACGGCAAGAUGAGAUCACCUUUCACACAACCCAAACCAUCAGAUCCCCACGCCUGCCUGCAGGAUCCACCAUCAUCUCCCGGCAGCAGAUCCAAAUCAUCCCACACAAGAACAGCAGAGGAGGGGGGCGCAGGAGGACCUUCCAAGGCCGCAGGAGGUUCAUUAAACCCAACAGGAUCACUGACAUACAGUCGAUUAUCAAUAAACUUAAACAGCCCUCAGCGAAGAAGGAAGGGAACGCCACAGUGCCUUAUAGGAUUGAACUGACCACAGAAUGUGAAUGCGAUGAAGGCAAAAAGAAGACCGUGUCCACUGAUCUCCAGGUGGUCACACCCACGGUUUCCUCCAGUUCAUCUUUACACAGAACAGAGAGACCUGCUUCUACACAAAAGCCUGCAGCUUCAACCACAAACUAUUACAUUACUUCAAAUGCUCCAUUCAUCCAUUCAGAGUCUAGACAAGAGGUUUCCAGUGGCUACAUAACCUCUGCUGAUGCCCCUGAGUUUGACCCGACUGUCAAUCCAUUUCUGACCACAAAUAAAGAACCAUCAAUCUCCACCACAGCCUCAACUACCACCGCCUCUAAGGUCAUCCGUGGACGGAUUCCAUGGAACAGGCUGUUUGGAGGCAGAGACAGGGAAAGUAUCCUGGGCCGGCUAAAGAAGCCAUAUAUCACCCGAAAAACCACAACUACAGCUCAAACCACAACAGGGAUCCCAACCACAACCCCUGCUGCUACACCCACUGCUAACUCACUGUCUGAACCUGAGACUCUGUCUCCAUCCAGACACACAGAGAGCAAAGAAGGUUCAAUAGAUGAUGACUAUGGAGAUUUGUCCUCUGCAGAUUUUGAGUUCACAACAGUGCAGCCCAGCUUUGACCAUCUAACUACUACCAACCCAUCAUAUUACUCCAAGUCUGCCACCACGGCUGAAACACCACCAGAAUCACAGACUCUACCUUCCCCACCUACUGUCAGACCUCCUUCAGUUGAAAGUCCAGAUGAAGCUUUAUCCUCUGGGUCUGGGGGACUACCUGAUAGCUGGUUAGUAAUCAAACAGAGGCCUGGCGGGACAAGAGGACGACAAGGGCGGAGAAGGAGGCCCUUCAGGGGCAGGAGACCCUUCAAGAAACCUGCAAUCACUAAAUUACACCCUGCUGCUACAACUGAGGCUUUAACUACAACUAUAGAAACUACAAUGGAGACAACAACAUUACCACAACGGACUGUUUCCCUCUACAAGCCUCUUUUCACACCAUCUAGGAAUGAGGACAGAGCUCCAGUAGUUGUAUCCACUGACCAAACAUCAAAGGAGGAGACUGACUUAUAUGAGGAAACUGACUGGAGUACAUCAAGCAAUUUAGCAGCCGAAACUACAACCAAGACGCCUACAUUUACCCCCACCACCACAUUCAUGCCAAUUACCACAAAAGUGCCUCACACGACAGCGCGGAGUAAAGUCCACAGCAACAUCAGACCGCCAACACAGAGGAACACUGGUCACCCCACUCAGAGGCCACCAGUGGGAAGGAUUAGACCCACUGUGCAGAGUAAUAGUGCCAGAGAUAAAGGCCAUGACACAAUUACCAUCAUUACAGCUGAGCAGGGAUACACUACCAGCGCCAGUGUUGCUGGCUUUGAACACACUUCAAAGGUCACGAUGAGCAAACCUAAGAUAAUUGGAGGCAAUGCAGCCAGCUUCACCGUGUUAUCCAACUCUGAUGCUUUCCUGCCAUGUGAGGCUGUUGGAAACCCUCAGCCAACUAUCACCUGGAAGCGCUUCUCCACAGCCACAGGAAGCACUGUUACCGUCUCAGGGCGAAUGGGAAAGUUUGAGGUGUUGAGCAACGGCACGCUGUUAAUCCAGAACGCCAACAUUAAGGACCGGGGCCAGUACCUCUGUUUAGCAGAGAAUGAUUAUGGAUCAGAUAAACUUCUCGUCACCCUCUCUGUGGUGGCCUACCCCUCACGCAUUCUGGAGCCAAAGAUGCGUGAGAUCAAGUCUCAUGCAGGAAACUCUGUAGAGAUGAAAUGUAAAGCAGAGGGACGGCCCACACCCAUGAUCUCCUGGAUCCUGGCCAACCGAACCCAGGUCAGAGGUCAAAACACAGAGAAGGGAAGGGUAUCCGUAUCUGCUGAUGGGACUCUGGUCAUUGAGCAGGUGUCUGUUUAUGACAGAGGUCAUUAUAAAUGCAUCGCCAGUAAUCCAGCUGGAGCAGACACCGCCACAGUCCGCCUACAGGUGGUGGCCGCUCCCCCAGGUAUCCUGGAGGAGAAACGGCAGCAGGUGAAAGCAGCUGCAAGGCAAAACUUGUGGCUCCCCUGCACUGGCCAAGGCAGCCCUCAGCCUGUCAUUCACUGGGUCCUCCAUGAUGGGUCAAUGGUACGAUCUAAUGGACCCAGCAGAGACUCCAGGAUAUCAGUCUAUGGGAAUGGAACCCUCUAUAUUCAGGAUGUGAUGACAGCAGACAGCGGCAAAUAUGAAUGUAUUGCUACCAGCUCUACUGGCUCAGAAAGGAGGGUGGUCACUCUGAUGGUAGACCGGCUAGAGUCUGCUCCUCAAAUAGUGGAGACGUCCCAGCGCAGGACAGUGUUGUUCUUUGAGGACCAGCUGAGACUGAACUGUUCAGCUACUGGAGACCCUAAACCCAGGAUCAUCUGGAGGCUGCCCUCUAAAGCUGUGGUGGACCAGUGGCACAGGAUGGGCAGCAGAAUUCAGGUCCUGGAUAAUGGCACUCUGAUUGUUAGCACUGUGACUGAAAAAGACGCUGGAGACUAUCUCUGUGUGGCACGAAACAGGAUCGGUGAUGACCUCCAGCUCAUGAAGGUCAGUGUGUCAAUGACAGCUGCCAAGAUAGAGCCGAAGCUCUACGGGAAGAAGCAGGUACCCUACGGGAAAGACUUCAAGGUGGACUGUAAAGCCUCCGGAGCACCAAAGCCAGAUAUCUCUUGGGGUCUACCAGACGGCACACUGGUCAACAGCGCCCUUCAGUCUGACGCCAGCAGUGGAGGAGGCCGAGCACGGCGCUAUACACUGUUUGACAAUGGAACUCUCUACCUGAACCAGGUUGGUAUGUCGGAGGAAGGGGACUACACCUGCUAUGCUGAGAACCAGGUGGGCAAGGAUGAGAUGCAUUUACAUAUCACCGUGGUUACCGCUGCCCCCCGGAUACGUCCAACCGGCCAGACGUAUGCCAGGGUGAAGCCUGGAGGGAACAUCCGCUUCGACUGUGAAGCCCUCGGGGAGCCAAAACCCAAGAUCCUUUGGAUGCUGCCCACUAAUGAUGUCAUCGCAGCAUCUAGUGAACGCUACCUGAUGCAUGUUAAUGGCUCCCUAGAUAUCAGGGAUGCGAAGCUUAUCGAUGCUGGGGAAUAUGUUUGUAUGGCUCGAAACCCUGCUGGAGAAGAUAGAAAAAUCUACAAGCUUGAUAUAGAAGGGAAUCCACCUGUGAUCAAUGGCUACCGGCAGAACAGGACUGUGAUCAGAGAUGUAGCUGCUAAAUACUCCAGGAAGUUAAUUGACUGUAAAGCUGAGGGGGAUCCCACACCGAGCAUCACUUGGAUUAUGCCAGACAACAUUUUUCUGAUGGCACCAUACUUUGGCAGCAGGAUUAGUGUGCACCAUAAUGGGACAUUAGAGAUUCGUAACGUGCGGCCAACAGAUACAGCCGAGUUCAUCUGCAUGGCGAGGAAUGAUGGAGGAGAGGCGGUGAUGGUGGUGCAGCUGGAGGUGAGCAGUGUACUCCGAAGGCCGAUUUUCAAGAACCCCUUCAAUGAACGCAUUGUGUCACGGAUUGGGAGAACCACAGUUCUGAACUGCUCUGCUGAUGGAUACCCGGCGCCAGAGAUCACUUGGACUUUGCCUAAUGGAACACGGAUUACUAGUGGCCACCACCUGGUUACCAAUGGGACUCUAGUCAUCUACAGUCCUGGCAAAGAAGAUGCUGGGAAGUACCGCUGCGGCGCCAAGAAUUACAUGGGCUACAUCGAGAAGCUAAUCAUUUUGGAUGUUGGGCAAAAACCUUACAUCCUGACCAGGCCUCGGGGAAUCAUACGCAGUAUGUCUGGAGAACCUCUCUUCCUUCAUUGUCUAUCUGAUGGGAGUCCAAGACCCAGAAUCUACUGGACCAUCCCUGGUGGACACACUCUCACACGGCCUCAAGUCCUCGGACGCUACCAGUUACUGCAGAACGGUACUUUGGUUGUUCAAGAUACGACUCUGCACGACCGAGGCAGCUACGUCUGCAGGGCUCGGAGCGAUGCUGGGGAGGCGGUGCUCACCGUCCCUGUGAUUAUCAUCGCCUACCCUCCACGGAUCACAGCAGGACCCCCUCCCAGUGUGAAGGCAGCCACCGGGAGCCCUCUCCAACUCAACUGUGCCGCCCAUGGAAUCCCCAAGCCGGAGAUCACCUGGGAGCUGCCCGAUGGUUCGGUUCUGUCAGCAGCAGAACAGGGUCGGCCCAUGGGCAGCGAGAUGCUCCACCCCCAGGGAACACUCAUCAUCCAGAGACCCAAGGCCUCAGACUCUGGCACAUACAAGUGCCUGGCCAAAAACCACCUGGGUACAGACUCAAAGGUCACAUAUGUACAUAUAUUGUGAGAAAUAGACUAAGGGAGGACGGUGGCAUAUUGGAA